AUGGAGCAGCAAGGACUCAACAGAGUGCUUGCCGAUUUUGGAGACACAGCAUGCGCGAAGUCUGACCAGAAACUAACAGACAUAGCCGAGGAACAAACAAGGAAGCGGCUCAGUGGACUUCCUGAAGCUCCUGAGUGGCUGGACAACUCUGAUCCUUGGGUUGUGGUGGAGCUCGCACUGCUGCUUAGUGUUGUUCGACGAAAUGCUCCUGCGCCCCAUCCCGAGGUGCUACCGCCAUCCAUGGAGAGGCUGGAUCCAAUGCUCGCCAACGUGUGUGCCGUGGUUGUGUUGUAUUUGUUUCCAUUUUCUUUGAUGGUUAAUCUUGUGCGCGCGCUAAAGAACCUCAUGGUCAUAGAGAUCAGCAACAUGAUCAUAAUUACACAACAAGACCAGGCCCCAAAAAGGCACAAGGCCGCCGCAAAACAAGGCAGCCCCCAAUCUCCGGCAGCCUGGCGACCCGACAAGCCUAACCGCCAAAACGGCAUCCCGAUCACGCAUUGCCCGCCACAAGAUCCAACCCGCUUCUUGCACGGCUGCCAUUGCCAAAAUCGAGCCUCGCCGGCCGCCGCGCACGCGCCCAUGGGCUUCGCCAUCCACCCUGCCCCUGGCCGCCCAAACGACAACGCCCACAGCUGCCGCGGCAGCGAGCCAUCCGCCAGAACACCCCCCGCGGACAGCACCCGGACGUCGUCCAUCUCGUCCCUUGACGGCACCAGCGACAGCGACGAUGGCAGUGGCAGUGGCCAGCAGCCGGCGCGCGCGCCUGGGCACACGCUGGAGGCGCCGUCGCGGCGGCACCUGUCGGGGCGCCACGGCUCCCGCCCCGCGCGGCUGUUCCAGAAGCUGCGCCACGCGCUGCCCGUCCUGACGCUGACGCCGCGGUGCGGGCGGCUGCAGGUCGGGUCGCCCGGCGAGAUCACGGCGGCCUCGUCGUCGUCGUCCUCCAUCGUGGGCUCCCGCCCGGUGCCGCACGUCAUGUCGUUCUCGGGCGCCUCGGGGCCGUGCCGGCGGGUGACGGGGACGCUGUACGGCCACCGCAAGGGCCACGUCGCGCUGGCGCUGCAGGAGACGCCCCGGUGCCUGCCGAGCCUUGUCGUGGAGCUCGCGCUCCAGACGCAUGCAAUGCUCCGCGACCUCGGCAACCCCGCGGGCGCGCGCAUCGUCCUCGAGGCCGAGCGCCGCGCGGCCUCAGACGCGUCCGGCGAGGGUGGGAGCUGGGCCCGGAGGCGGUCCCGCGCGCCGCUGCUUCUGGACGAACCGGCGUGGACCAUGUUCUGCAACGGGAAGAAGACCGGGUACGCAGUACGGCGCGAGGCGACGGACGACGACCUCACGGUGAUGGAGACGCUGCGGGCGGUGUCCAUGGGCGCCGGCGUGCUCCCUGGAAGGCCAUCAUCGCCGGCCGACGCGGCGCCUUGGCAGGGGGCGGACGACGAGGUGCCGUACAUGCGCGGAUCCUUCGACCACUUCGUUGGGUCCCGGGACUCGGAGUCUCUGUACAUGGUCGCGCCCCAGGGCGGCGGCACCGGCCCGGAGCUCACCGUCUUCUUCGUCAGGCUCUGA